CAAAGAUCGCAGACAGCAAGAAGGCAGUCUUUCCAGUUAGAGGAGGAUUUCAGGCACUUAAAGGCAUAAUCGAUUCUAUUUUAAAGCAGUCAUGCACAGAAAUUAUUACUGUAAAGCCAUCAAGUGUAUAUGUGGGUGAUACAUAUGAUAUUGUGUUGUCUGGAAGAGGAUUCACACUAGGUAAACAUGUGACCUGCAGUUUCCAUGUGAACUCAUCUACCACCAUCAAUAUGAAGCCACACAUAGUACAAGAUGGUUACUUGCUUUGCCCAGCACCUGUACUACACACUACUGAUGAAACUAUGGAUGUCCAAGUGAGCUUGAACAAUGGUAACGCAUUCAUCACCAGUUCAGUGAAGAUUACAGCUACAAAAUGUUCUAGUGGCUCUGCUGUGGCAAUUGCCUUCUUAGUGAUUGCACUAAUAACAGCCCUGCUCCUCUUUUGGUGGUUCUGGCCCCUGUGCUGUAAAGUGGUAAUCAAAGAUCCUCCACCCCCACCACCACCUUCAAAAGAAGAACCAGAAGAAGUCCCAGAGGCUAAAAAGAAAUGGCCAACUGUGGAUGCAUCCUACUAUGGUGGCAGGGGUGUUGGUGGAAUCAAACGAAUGGAGGUUCGAUGGGGAGAUAAGGGAUCCACAGAAGAGGGGGCACGGCUAGAAAAGGCCAAAAAUGCUGUUGUGAUUAUCCCUGAGGAAAAUGAAGAGCCUAUUUUUCCAAAACCAUCCAAGCUCAAGCCUGCCUUUCAGGAACAGCACAAGUGGUACACCCCAGUUAAGGGUCGACUGGAUGCAUUGUGGGCACUAAUGAGGCACCAGUAUGAUCGAGUUUCUUUAAUGAGACCACAGGCUGGUGAUAAGGGUCGUUGCAUUAAUUUCACGAGAGUCUCAGCUGAAUCAGGAAAUGAUAUCCAUCUCUGAAUACUGAAGAACUUCAAAAUUUCAACUUAACUAAAUGUAUAUAGCUCAUACUGCA